AAUUCGUCCUCCAUCAGAUGACCAACAUUCAUCUACGUGUCAAGAUCAUAGUAGGCGAGGUUAUAAGACUUGCUCGAGCCAUAUAUAUAUAUCCACACGUAAAAACACACAAUGACACAAACACCCAUUUCUUUUUUCCUUUUUUAUAUUCACACACACAUAUUCUUUAUUGUAAUUACAUUCCUCUUAUAACUUGUUAAACUUGAUACUCUUCCUCCUCUUUCUUUCCUUUUUCUUUUCAAGUAAUUACAACAUGAAUGACAACACUUGUUUGUGUUAUUUCCAUCCAAGAGAAGUAGUAGUGGGAGUAUGUGCGUUGUGUUUGAAUGAAAGGCUCUUAAUCUUAGCUUCUAAAGAAGAAAAGAAGAAGAAGACGAUUAUUAAUCUGCAGGGAAAGAGAGAUAAUUACUUGAGAGAAAAGAAGAAGAAGAAGAUUAAUGAUACUAAUGAUGAUGAUGGAGAAGAGCAUUCAAGAAUUCAUUAUCUUCCAAAGAUAUUUGCUUUGAGCUCUCUUUUCAAUCGACUUGAUAAUAUUAGACAUUCCCGCAAACAUAGUACCAUUGACGCUUCUUCCACUUGUAGCUAUGAAGACUCUUUUAUAUCAAUAAAGUUUGAAAAUAAUGGAGUAGGCUCAUGGGAGAAGGGAGCAGUUGGCACAGUGCCAAAGGUGUCACUUAAGCAUUGUGACAAUAUGUCUUGGAGCAAAGGGUCCAAUAAAGUUUCAGUAAUAGAGCAUGUUGCAAAGCCACGUAUUCAGCUUAGGUGGCGGAAGCGGAUUGGACACAUCUUCCAGCUCAUCAGAUUAAAGAGAUCAUCUACCAAAGGUGGUGCUAGUCAUGUUUGCCAUGUGGCACCAAUAGGAGUAAAAGUGAGACAUGGACAUGGAUGGAUAAGGACUCUGACAAAGAGAAAGACCAAAGUAUGAAUCAUAAUUCGUAAGGAGGCAAAGCAAAAACCAAAAGGGCCUUGUCUAAGAAAAAAAGUAAAGAAAAAAAAUUAGCCAAGCUUUCAUCCACUUACUCUCCUACCUUUUUUAAAGUGUGAACGGAAAUAUAGCUUUUGUGAAGAUUGGCUUGGCUUUUUCCCCUUUUUUUUGUUUCUAUCCCCCCUUCACUUGUUUGGCAUAUGUUGUAUCCUAAAAUGUGUGACAACCCAUGUUAUAGCCACUUCUUGAAUUGUCUAAGAAAAAAGGAUGCUCAAAAACAUGAAUUCUCUUCCCCA